AUGAACUGGAAGAAGAAACUCUCACUGUUUGGAGUAAUUGGAGGGAUACUCAGUUAUGAUGUGGUACUAAUUUGCUACUUAGCUAUGGCGAAAUUCGAAGAGCCAAUGAUUAUGCUUUUUUCUGAUAUCUUUUUCGCCCUCAGUUUCAUAGCAAACCCUUUACUACUUGCGCUAAUUACAAAAUACACCUCUGAGUUUUAUGGAACGAAAUAUAUAAGCAGACUAUUUCUGUUUUUCCCUUUAUCUCUUUUCUUUACCAACACAUUUCUCGCACUUCACCCUAUAAUUAUGCAAAAAUUAUUGAGGUUUAUGGGAGUCCGUGACUACAGUAUAAUUCUUUAUUCUAUCAUUUUCUUAUACAUGGGGAAAUUAUGUAGCACAGGGGUUUUAGACGUAUUUUGCCAAGCACUUAUUAUAGGGAAUAAUAUUUCAGCGUCAGGGAAUAUAACUCCUUUAGAUUUAAUUUACAUUGUUGCUGUAAUUAUAGCCGGACUUAUAUUGUUUUCGCUAUCAUUAUUUUGUUGUGCUGAUAUUAUAGGGGAAUAUCUUGAGCAAUAUUCGGAACAAAAUUCCAUAAGAGAAACAUUAAUUACUCCAAAUUUUAUUGAGUAUACGAAGAACAGAAAGGAAGAAGUUUGUAAUAUAUGCCUUGAUGAAUUCAAAGAAGGAGACCGAAUGGGAGAAAUGCCUAAUUGUGAGCAUGCGUUUCAUCAAGAAUGCCUGAUGAAAUGGCUUGAAUAUAAAUCUAUGUGUCCUAUAUGUAGAAAUCAAGAAUAA